AACCGGUUGAACCGGUUCAGAUUUGUGGGGAGCCCAAUUUCAUGUCCCCUGCGAUGACAUUCACCGGCUAAAACAAAAGCAAAUCUCACGACUAAACAUAGUUGGACGAAAAAAUACAAACUUUUUUUUUUUAUAGCGGACAUUUGAGUCGAAAUUUCCGUUUAAAACAUGUCAAGGUGAGUGACGUUACCUCUUCCUCGUCGGUGAUGUGACGAAGCAGGAAGAAGUCGCCACUGUCGGUCGAUUGGUUUCCAUUUCUUUCACAUUUCCGCGCUAUGGGGGGAGUCUGCGCUCGCUUCGCCGAGGACCACCGACCGGCGCUCAACUUCGCGCUGCUGGUGGUCACCUACGGGGUUUACUUGCUCAUCGGCGCAGGCAUCUUCUCGGGCAUCGAGCUGCCCUACGAGGUCCAGCUCCGCGAUGAACUGGAGGCCAGCCGCAGGGACUUCUUGGCCAACAACACCUGCGUGUCGGACGCCAGCCUCCAGCAGCUGCUGGCGCGCGCCCUGGAAGCCCACAACUAUGGCGUGUCGAUAGUGGGCAAAAGUCGCCGCCGGAACUGGGACUUCAUGUCCUCGCUGUUCUUCACCAGCACCGUGCUGACCACCACAGGUUACGGCCAUACCGUUCCUCUGUCAGACGAAGGGAAGGCCUUCUGCAUCUUCUACUCCAUCGUGGGAAUCCCCUUCACCCUCUUCUUACUCUCCGUCCUGGUGCAGAGGAUCAUGGUGGUGGUCACCCACCGCCCCCUGGCCCACUUCCCUCACCGGUGGGCCGUGUCCAAGGCCAAGUUUGCCGUCGCCCACGUAGCGGUCCUCGCCGUGGUGAUGUUUCUUGCGGUCCUCUUCAUCCCGGCGUGGAUCUUCUAUGGCUUGGAGGAGGACUGGAACUUCCUGGAGUCCCUCUACUUCUGCUUCAUCUCUUUGACCACCAUUGGCCUCGGAGACUACGUCCCAGGAGAGACUCACAGUACCGAGGACAACCCUCACGGGAAGAUCUACAAGCUGCUCAUUACUCUGUACCUGGUACUGGGACUGGUGUGUGUUCUGGUGCUGAUGGAGACGUGCGUGGAGCUGCCGCAGAUAAAGCGCCUGCGCCAGCGCUUUUACCGGGACGACCUGCGUGAGCUGGACGCCGAGACGGCCAACAUCAUCGAGCGGGAGCAUCCUCCCGACGUGUCCGAACCCGUCAUCCCCUCCGUGUCGGAGCAGGCCGACACCUUGCAGAACGGCGGCCGGCCGGCGGUGCCGUACAUGCUGGCGCCCAGCCUCAAUGGGAAGCUCAACAAGCAUGAUGAAAAAGUCAGCAGCUAUGGAAAAAAAUGCUGUCCAUGUAGCUGAUAUGGAGGUUGAAAGUCUGGUCAUUUGUUUAUUUUUUAUUUUGUAGAACAUUCCCCACCGAUAAGAGCUGGGGCGUGAAUGCCAAGGAAGGGUGGCUAAGUUUCCACUUCCUGUCAAAGUGGAGCUGGGAGAGGAAGAGCGUCGUGCCACGACUUUGGAUUUGAAAACACCUACCUGCACGUUGUAGCCUAAAAAAUAAUGACCAAAUAGGUGCUUGGGUCACAACAGACCUCCUUCAAGGCCUGCUAUACAAGAUGACAGAUUUGUUACUGAAAAGAUGGUGAAAACUCAAUGCUCUAAAAAAAAAAAGUGUGAUUAAUAAUUUGAAUAAUUGAAGUCCGUUUUUAAAGUGUAGUUUCCCCAA